GCUGAACACAAGCCUAGUUAGUUUCCUAGAUUAAACCCAUUCGACUGAUGUAUUUUCUACGCAAGACAAGCCUACCUGUGGUGGGCGUGGUCGGUGUCGAUGUUGAAGUUGCUGAAAAGACAGAGAAUAUAAUAGACCGACUGGAGCAAGUUUGGAGGUAACGCUCAGGGCAGCUCCUAAAUCUCAGCUCAUAAAGAAUUUUCUAUCUGGAGCUGAAUAAUUUUGUGUUAAUAUUAGAUGACAUCUAACUGUGAAAGAGGAAAACAGUUAAGCUCUUUGCGAUGCCUGUUUGAUAUAUUUGUGCAUUUUGUUUCAGUUACGAAGUCACUGGGUCGGGAAAAUAGAAAAGUUCUUUGAAAGUGCGAAAUAUUUCGGCGAGUAAAGUAAUUUUUAAGAAUAUCCUUGAGAAAACCAUUCGUUAUGAGUAUAUCUAUUUCGUGAUUUCGGUGUGUCCGGAAUUCUUGUACAGUGAACUAGUUGUACGAAGUCAGCUUUUGCGGAGAAAAGGUGGCGGACUGCCAAAUAGCAUCUACCAGAUGGGAUAUAUUUGCCAUUGGGCGUCCUGCACUAGCUCAUUUGUCUAAGACCUAGAAAAACCUGCUUACUUGCGGUCGCGGUUGGCGUAGAUGUCGUAGUGUGGGUUGGUGCUAGAGAUAAUGAGAACGUGUAACGAUGAAUUAGAGCAGUCGGAUUCAUGUUCUUGUCGAGCUGUCAGCUCAAAAUGCAGCCCACGUUUUUGCUCAACAUACGCCUCUUGGUUCACGUUAGUUUCUUAGAUUAAACCCAUUCGACAGCAUUUCGACUGAUGUAUUUUCUACGCAAGACAAACCUACCUGUAGUGGUCGUGGGCGUGGUGGAGGUUGAAGCUGCUGAAAACAGAGAGAAAUAUAAUAGUACGCUCAAUUGCCACGUCACUCUGUCCGCAGUCUUGUCUUCAGGUCUGAAAGCCUUGGAGUAUAUAGAGCCUAUAUCGGCGCAUAAGAGAAAAAGGAAGGUUGCAAGCCAUUAUUGAGCUGAAAAUGAGUGGAAGAAGGCUGUCGGUCAUGGACGUUUUGUGUCAACAUGUAUCUUUCUGUUUCGGAAUGUAGUUGGUAUGUGUUGAUACAUCCGCUAUCGAUUCCAAAAUACAUUGAGUAACUAUUGAUAGGCAUGAGAGAGAGACCUCGGGUUUUCGCUCAUCGGUAGGCCGGUUUGGCGGACGUUUUCAUAAGCAGAAACAACUUUCGAAAACGUUUCAAGCACUGACUUUGCAGACGAUCUUCGGUAGACCAGCUCCGAUCUUAGAAGCCUAAUGUACAAUGUUAGCAAUUUUUGGCGUGCCUAGAUAGUCCUGACGUCAUUCUACGAAAUUCUGGAAGUCCUGGCUCUCCAACUAUCGUCGUUCGCAGAGGGCAAGUUUUCUCUGAGCACGCUUGCAUCUCCGAGGUUAGGAGCUGUCUUCUGAUGUGGAUUUUUCUGGUAGGUUUAAACGAAAAACAUAUUGUUUUGUGAUUUGCGAAGCUUGGAUUUCUGAAAAACAAAUUUUUUAAUUGGGAAAUUUUCCGUCAUUUGAGUUUGUUCAGAGUUCUGGUUGAGUUAGUUUUUUCGAUGGUUGGUCUGAGUUCUGUUUGUGCUUCGGCGUGAUUAUUUGGUUUUUUGGAGAUGGGCCGUCGUUUUUUCGUAGGCGUCUUUACAUAACGAAAGUGUUCGCUGAUUCGCAGCCCUGUAAUGGAAAUUUUAACAAUUGGAUCAGUAGCCGAACUCUUGAGUUGAAGUGUAACGAUUGAAAAGAGAGAGGAACUCCAAAUAUUCUGAAAUGUGUUUAACGCCAUACUACUGGUUGUGACAAAAAUGAAAUAGUCUAGUUUAGAGAACGAAUGAGACAAUUCUAAGAACAAUUAAUGAUCAAACCUUUCCGAUUUUAGGUUCUUUUGUGAUCGAAGUCUUCUCUUUACUCGAGAUAAAGGUAAACAAAAAGAUAUCGUUACAUUUUUGGUGAAGGUGCGGCGCAUUCUGAUGUCUUCAUGUAUACUCGUGAUUUUCUUCAGUCAACAGCAUGUCGUACAAAACCCAAAUACAUCAUAAUAAAUCACACCCAACAUUGAAUAACUUUUAUCACGGCACAGAACACUGAGCAGCUCGGAACAAUCGACAUUAUUUCAUAUUAUACAACAACCAUAACUACAGCUUACACAUCAAUUUUCACUAUUUCGUCAACCAAAUAUAAAACUUCAUGAUACAACAAUAACGCCAUCCCCAGCAUUAUCAACAAUACAUCAUCAGAUUUACCAAUGCAUCAGAUUAAAUAUGAUUUGUAAUAAUGCAUCUACAAAUGCAUCAGAUUUACCAACGUAUCAUGGAAGACAACGUGAAGAUAUAGAUCAAUAGGUAGAACAAGUUUCAGCUAUCAAACAAUAUAGUCAUACAACAGACGAAGAACUACUGAAAGUACCUCCAUUAGUUUCCAGAGAUAAUGCUUUAACCUGGCUUACGACACUAGCUGAAACCAAACGGUCAACAUUAACAACAUCGGCAGGAUGGAAAGAACUGUUAAAGCAAGCAUUUAGACCAACUAAUUAUCAAAUAAAAUCAUUACGUGAUCUAAAAUAUCGUACAUUCACAAACAAUGAAUCUGUGAACGAUUAUUAUUUUGCAAAAUGA